AGCUAGCAUCUUCUGACCAUUCAAUAAGCUAAAAGCUAGCAGUUUAAAGGAGCUACGAUUCCCCUCUUAGCCAUUAAUUAGCCAUUUUAUUCAUUAGAGUUCUUGAGAAGUGUGCUCCGCGUCGACUCUGAAAAGUUCAACGUUGUGCAGUCAUGGCAGCGGAUUGGUUGGGUAGUUUGGUGUCAAUUAACUGUGGGCCAACGCUGGGAGUGUAUCAAGGAGAAGUGGUGUCUGUGGACCAGUCCAGCCAAACCAUCACCUUAAGGCAACCUUUCCACAAUGGAGUCAAGUGUCCUGUUCCCGAGGUCACAUUCAGUGCCAUUGACAUAAAGGAACUAAAGAUUUUAGAUAUCAGAAAUGGCAAUGCUAGGAGCAGCUCUUCUGCAACUACAAAGGGAGGCAGUGUCCCAGUUUCAGUCCCAAAGGGUGAUCCCAGGUCUGUGGAGAAAGUCAACUCUCCUCAGCACUGCUCCAAAAGCUAUGGAGAACGUCACCUGGACAUACCCGGCCAACCAAAAGGAUUUCGUAGAAGACACAACUCCUGGUCAUCUAGUAGUCGAGGGGCAAACCAAGCGACACCGAAGAAAAACGGGGUGAAGAAUGGUCAGAUGAAGAUAAGAGACGACGAGUGUUUUGGGGAUAGCAUGGACGACGGGAUGGACACAGACUUUGAUUUUGAAGGAAACUUGGCUCUUUUUGACAAAGCAGCAGUUUUCACAGAAAUCGACAUAUCAGAGCGCCGUAAUGGUGCAAGGUCACGUGGGACUCCUCAAGAUCAGACACCCACACGUUACCGUCACGACGAAAACAUCCUGGAGGCCAAACCUGUUGUGUUCAGACAAAUUACUGUACCGCAGCCUGCGGCCAAAGAGUACUGCACCGAUUCCGGGCUUGUUGUGCCCAGUAUAUCCUAUGAACUACACCAGCGUCUGUUGUCAGUUGCUGAGCGCCAUGGUCUCUCACUGGAGCGAAGACUUGAGAUGACUGGAGUGUGUGCAAGUCAGAUGGCACUUACAUUGCUGGGUGGGCCCAACAGAUUCACUCCAAAAAAUUUGCACCAACGUCCCACAGUUGCUCUGCUGUGUGGGCCUCAUGUCCAGGGUGCUCAGGGCAUCAGCUGUGGUCGUCACCUGGCCAAUCAUGAAGUGGAGGUCAUCUUGUUUCUGCCCAAUUUUGUCAAGAUGCUCGACUCAGUCACCAGUGAGGUCACCCUCUUCAACAAAACUGGUGGCAAACAGGUGUCAAGUGUCAAAGACCUUCCAGAAACUCCCGUGGACUUAAUCAUAAACUGCCUGGACUGCCACGAGAACACAUUCCUGAUGGAUCAGCCUUGGUAUCGAGCAGCUGCAGACUGGGCUAACCAGAACCGAGCGCCAGUGCUCAGUUUAGACCCUCCUUGUAGUGGAAAGGGGCUGGCAGUCGAGGCAAAAUGGUCCCUCGCUCUCUGCCUCCCCCUUCCCCUGGCUGAGGGGGCUGGCAGGGUUUACCUGUGCGACAUAGGUAUCCCUCGCCAGGUGUUGCAGGAAGUGGGAAUCAAGUACAUUUCUCCUUUUGGCUGCAAAUUUGUCAUCCCCUUGCACUCUGCAUAAUGGGUCUACUGGUAAACGUGACAGAUUAUAUCCCUCACCCCCCAUGACCUCACACAAGGUUAUGGCGCCUUAUAUUCCAGAGUUCAUCCAUUAAGUUUCUAACUUUUCAAAAUGUGAAUGGGACCACUGUUUUGUGCAUAAUGUGGUGGGAUAGCAAAUAGCUUUAUUGAACAUGUAAAUGUGUCGACCAUCAUAGGUUUCAGCCAUCAUGUAGAUACCAUUGUAUUUACAUGAUACUAAAAGAUAUUUGGAAGAUUUAUUUUUUUGAAAAAAAUACAUCUGAGGUGUCAAAAAUAAUACCAGAUAUGGUUAAGUAGUUUUAGAUUGAAUAGGACAAUCUCUGACUUAACAUGGGAACAUUUCUGAUUGUCACUAUAAUCUAACCUCAUUCCAAAGCUUCUGGUGAAUAGAGAUUCGCCAUAAUAUACAUGCAAAUGUAAUGUUAUUACAUUAAUCUGGAUGAGACAACAGAAAUACAACUUGCAUCGGCAUUACCUUUGCUAAUGGCUUGUCUUAUCUUCUGUCAUACUCAACAGUACUCUGUUACAGGCGUCUGAUGUUUUAUUUGGAUAGAAAAUCCAUGGAAGAAAAUGCUGAAUAUUUCUCAUUAAUGUGAGUAAUUUUGUAUUGUCACACUAAGUGAGUGUUGAAUGGAGCAGCUUCUGCAGAGAAUCCAGAUAUCAGCAGUUUUGUUUGUUCAUGGUAAAUAAGGCAGUCAUGAUAAGGACUUUGAUAAGAUGACACGGCAUGCAAAACGUCUAGCAAUUAAGCUUUUAGGGGGGGGUUUGCAAACUAAAUGUGUUAUUAUAGCGUCACAAAUUGAGCCUUUAUUCCUUUAGCUUCUGUAAAUCAAUGCAAUUUCUCAUUCAGCAUUUAUUUCAUCAAUUGCAUCAAUACAUUCAGCAUCCAUCUACAACAGUCAUAUGAAGUUAAACAACAAUUACUUUGUGAGCAUAGGAAAAACUACAGCUUCCUGGUAAGAACUACAGAUAUGGAUAGUUGGUUUAAUCCAGAUCCAUAAAAUGUAAAGGGCUUAUAGGAAAUGGUGUUAGUUAAACGCCACUUGGAAAAAAAUAUAUAUAUAUUGAACGGAUUUAAGAUUGUUUUUCAAAAAAACACUAACUUGUACAAACCUGAACUUAUGAGGCAAGCCACACGACACAAUGACUGUUCCAAAGCUAGAUUUUUAGUUGUUUGAUUAGUAAUAAAUGUAAAUGAGAGGUUAUCUUGGGAACGAACCUGUACGUUUCAGUUUCACUUUGGCUCACUAUUGUAACUGUUGAAGGACCAUACCAGUGUGUUUUGAAAGUUUCAGUUCCUCCGGUUUUUUUUUUUACAUUUACAUUUUGUAUAUAUCAUUUUCUAUUGGUUUCCAAUUACUACUUUGCAGUAGUUAAAUAUUUGUUGUGUGUUGAUGUAGUUUAGUCACAGAUUUUAAAAGUACUCUGCAUUACACUAUUACAGAGGAAUGCAUAUGUUGCAUAGUCUGUGAUGAACAAACUUAUUUUUGAAAUGUCCUAGUAGAUUUUAUUGUUGUAUGGAAAAGAAUAGAGGCCAACGGAUGCCUGGAAGACAAAAUACAUCUAAAUGUAUUAAAACACAGUAUUAUGGUUUGCAGUUUUGAUAUAAAAUGGAAGUGAUCUGCUAUAAAUGCUGGUAUGGUCCUUUUUUAUGUUUCAAACCACCUUACAGGUUAGAAUGUAAGCAGUUUUUUAUUUGAUCAAAGUUGAGUUAUUAGACAAAACAAGUAGAUUUUUCUAAAUUACAAAUGCUCUUUAUUGGAAUGUGAAUGUGUUUCUGGGCCAAUAUUCUUGAUCUAAGAUUCAACUAACUGCACUGAGUAUUCUCUUUGAACCAAAUAUAUUGUUUUCUUUUGUGAUGACAAAUUGUUAAACAUUUCUUUUCAUGAAUUCCCCCUCCUGAUAAUAGAGUACGGCUGUUUGUGUUCUUAACCACCGGUGGUAUUUUUAAAGUCUAGACUGUGAAAUCUAAUGCAUUAAGAGCUGCUUGAUUUGUGCUGCUUAUAGUCCUUGAAUGAGGUGACGUAUGUAUCUCUACUGCCAGAUCUCUUUUGACGAUGAAAAUCAAACCUUUUUCUUGUUCUUUGACAUGAUUACAUUCAUUUUGAAAUGUGUCUAUCACAGAGAGCGUUUCAUUAUGUUUACUGGACCUGCAGAUUGUGAAAAACAACAUUUAAUGGUGUGAUACUGUGUUCACACACAGAUCUCACACUGUGGUUUUUUUUUUCUUUGAUUCUGUGCACAUUAACUUGCACAGUGUUCAUACAUUGAUUCAGUGAAAAUUACAUUAUGCACAAAGGGUUUGUCCUUUCUCCAACAUUCCUCCGGCCUGAUGUGUUGUCACAUCUGUUCAGACAAGUCUGGCUUGGAAACAUCAGCCAGCGUUACUGACUGGGAUGAGUUUAUUAUGUCUUUGGCCGCCAGGGGGCCAUUUAACCACAGGUUUGAUGUCUCUUCCUUAUUCUCAUGUAAUGGCAGCUUUAUGUACAAUUUCAUAUAACAAAAGGGUUAUUUCUCUACAAAAUGUGAUCCGUAAGAAACCAUGAGGUGAUAUGGGUUUUGAUGGCAAGCCAUCUGUUAUAAUGUAGCUUUGUUCAAACGCAGGUUACGCUUCUUGUCGUUUAGUUUACAAAGUCGCAAGCUGUCAGAUCUGCACUGGUUGUUGAGUUAAUGCGAGACAAGUUUGCAGAUCAGAAAAGAAAAUCGCAUUAAACAUCAAGUGGGAGGUUUUGUCUAGACAACAGUUUCCUUUCGGGAGCGAAGUUCACUGUCAGGCCUCUUGUGCAAAAAUACUGUGCAGUCCUUUUUGUGUCAUGUCUGCAGAC